GCAAUUAAUUAUCCCCCGAAAUUGAAGCCGCACCCAUCUUGGAUUUCUAGUCCGCUUCAAAAAAAAAUACAAAGAGGGGGAAGCACGUGAGCACUGAACGCAUUUGAUGAGUUUACCCUAUUUGCGAAAGUCGUCGUUGCCGAGUACUGGGGAGGGCGCUUCGAUGCCCACUCCACUGGACAACCUGCCGGUUUUGCGAAGGCAGUUCUACACCACGGUGAACCCCUCUCAGGACCCCUUUUCCGGCCACGUCUGGGACCAAAUUCACGCGCGGUGCCGUUUCCAGACCGUUCAGGCGCGGCCUAAGCAGGUGUCCAUCGUGGAGAUCCCGGACCAGGUGGUGGAGCGACGGCGCUUCGGGCGCUCGAUUGAGGCCCCAACGGAGGAAACGACAGAGGAGGUGAUCACUCCCCGCCGCGUGCACGUGGCCCAGCGGCCACCCCAGGCAACCUCAACAAAGGCCAAGCCGUACCCCCACAACCGCGCGUAUCGGCAUAAAAUGAACUUCACACCCUACUCCUUAGGAGGUAACCCGAUGGCGAACUAUAUCAUGAAGAUGCAAUCUCAACGCCCUACAAAGGGGUUGUACUCUUUUCACUAA